CCGGUCAGAAUGGCCAUCAUCAAAAAAUCUAGAAACAAUAAAUGCUGUAGAGGGUGUGGAGAAAAGGGAACACUCUUGCACUUUUGGUGGGAAUGUAAAUUGCUACAGCCACUAUGGAGAACAGUAUGGAGGUUCCUUAAAAAACUACAAACAGAACACCCAUACGAUCCAGCAAUCCCACUACUGGGCGUAUACCCUUAGAAACCCAAUAAUUCAAAACGGGUCAUGUACCAAAAUGUUCAUUGCAGCUCUAUUUACAAUAGCCAGGACAUGGAAGCAACCUAAGUGUCCAUUAACAGAUGAAUGGAUAAAGAAGAUGUGGCACAUAUAUAAAAUGGAAUAUUCCUCAGCCAUAAAAAGAAACGAAACUGAGUUAUUUGUAGUGAGGUGGAUGGACCAAGAAUCUGUCAUACAGAGUGAAGUAAGUCAGAAAGAGAAAAACAAACACCAUUUGCUAACACAAAUCUAAGGAAAAAAAUAUACAUGGAAUCUAAGGGGGAAAAAAAAGGUCAUGAAGAACCUAGGGGUAAGACGGGAAUAAAGACACAGACGUACUGGACCAUAGACUUGAGGAUAUGGGGAGGGGGAAGGGUAAACUGUGACAAAGUGAGAGAGUGGCAUGGACAUAUAUACACUACCAAACGUAAAAUAGCUAGUGGGAAGUAGCCACAUAGCACAGGGAGACCAGCUCAGUGCUUUGUGACCACCUAGAGGGGUGGGAUAGGGAGGGUGGGAGGUAGGGAGACGCAAGAGGGAAGAGAUAUGGGAACAUAUGUGUAUGUAUAACUGAUUCACUUUGUUACAAAGCAGAAACCAACAUACCAUUGUAAAGCAAUUAUACUUCAAUACAGAUGUUAAUAAAAAUGAAAUUAGAAACUAAAAAGUAAAACUGACAAAAACAUUUGUUAUUAUAAAAAUGGAAAUUAGUAUGCUAUUAUACCCUUAGAACUACUGUAGAACAUGCUGUUCUUUGCUGUUCCACUUGUGGCGUGAUUCAUAGUUUUUCUAACAGGUACAGAUCCAUAUGCUUGAUACUGUGCGGAAAUGUUAUACUUGAGCUCCACUUUUACCUCUCUCAGGCAUUUUUUGGAAUUGUCUAAAAUGUAAAUCCAUACUGUCAACCUCCAGCAUGAUACCAGGCACAUAAUAGAAACCCAAUAAAUGUUUCACUGUGAGUGGAGUAUAAGUUGAUAGAAUAAUUUUGAAGGUUGAUUAGGCAGAUUAGAUUGAUCGAAAAUCUUUCAAUAUUUUAAGUUUGCAUCUCUUUCAUUCCAGAAUUUGUAUGUCUAGAAAUUUAUAUAUAGUUAUAUACAUGUGUAAAGAGGUUCACAUUGCAGCCUAUCUGAAACAGAGGACAAAACCAGAAAACAAACAAAAAACCGCAAACUGAAAACAACUAAAAGUCCAUCAAUAUUGGGCUGGUCAUGUAAAUUAUGUAAUGUUACGCAGCUAUUGAAGAGAAUAGAAUGGAUGUAUGCAAAAAUUGACUGGGAAAAUCACUAUCCAAGACAGAUUGUAGACUAUGUACAGUAUGUUGCUCUUCUAUAAAAUACAGGAUAUCCCUUACGCACAAAUACUUACAUACAAGAUACAGGUGUGUAUGUAAGCACUUGGGAAAUAUGUGAAAGAACCACACAAGAAAGUGGGAGAGUGGGACAACUUUCCAUGUCCCGUAUGAUUGGAAUUCUGAAGGGUACACACACGAACUAAUGGACCUCUGCUACCAGCCUCCUGCUAAGGAGGGAAAUUGCAGGCAUCAGAAUCCUCUUUACUAAUGAAGAAUCUCAGUAGGCCGACGUGAUGACAUCAUCUCGACGGGCGAUGGUGAUUGCGCAGUAGAAGGAGGUCUGCGAGCUGCGUGGGCUUGUGCCUAGGCGCCUAUGUUUCGUGGCCUUGUGCUGGCAUCGGGGGCGCCGGGUUGGCGACUUUGGCACUCUUGACGUUGGGUGGACGAUAUCUUGGGGGUCACAUGAGCCAGUGGCAUCAUGCCCGCGGGCGCUGGGGCCAGCGUCGCGGCUUUUCUGGACAUCCGUCGGCCAAGAGGAAGGGCGGAAAGCACAUCCUGGAAAGGUGGAAGGACUAUCUCCCAGUUGAACAGCGGAUGCCUGGGACUCGUUUCAUUGCUUUCAAAGUUCCUUUCAGAAAGGACUUACAAGAAAUUAUUCCUUAUUUAAAAAUUUGUACAAUUGGGCAUCUGGUGCCAGAUGAUCACACCAUUUUUAAAUUCCAAUGUGCUGUUAAAGGGUUUCUGAAAGAAAAUAAAGAUAAUGACAGGCUUAUUGGUGUCCACUGUACCCAUGGUUUAAACAGGACUGGCUACCACAUCUGCAGAUAUUUGGUUGAUGUAGAAGGCAUGUGGCCAGAUGAUGCAAUUGGAUUAUUUAAUAGGAGCUGUGGACAUUGCUUAGAAAGACAAAACUACAUUGAAAACCUUCAGAAUGGUCUCAUCAGAAAGAAUCGGGAUUCCAGUGUAUCCAGAACAAGUGGUUUUGAUGACUCAGCGCAUAUGAUGGAACCAGUUCACACAGCUAAUAAGUCUGUUAACCAAGGAAGUAUAACCUACAUUAGACCCCAGGUUACCCAACAUCUCGGCAUUUCCAUACCCAGACCCAAGAUUUGCAGCAAUCAGAAAGAAAAUUUUCACAGAAUCAAAACAUUUACCAGAGAGGCCAUAUUCCUACUCCUGGUCCCCACGGAGAGGACUGUUUACAAAGGAGGUACUCUUGGAAUGUAGAGCCAAACGCCAGUCAAGCAGCGCAGAACAGAAGGUGGUAUCCUGGCAAUUACUACAGACUACCCUAUCCGACCUAUUAUAGAUGGACCAAGUGACGCAAGCCUACCCUGGAAAUCUACCUGGAGACAGAACAGGACUGAAGACAGCCAGAGUGACGUUUUAUAAAAUCAGGUCAAAUGAGGUUUAUAAUCUAUUUUAGUGCUCCCUUAUGUGUUUGAGCUUAAGGAAAAAUUAUAUUGAUACUUAGCUCCGCUGAUAAAUUUGCAGUAUUUACAACAGUGAAGGAAAUAGUCUGUCAUUCUAAUCUUAAAUUUUUUUAAAGGAGGAUGAUAUUUUAGAACUGAUAAAAAGUAAUAAAGAACAUCGCUUGUAAAUUAUUUUUAAAAAUUCUA